AGUACGUCUACCUGAUUAUAAACGAACAGACGCAACAAUAAUAAAAUAGAGAAGCUGUAGUUGUGCUGCAUUUUUGCAGCAAGUUGACCACGACCGCUCAACAAGCUAUAGUAGAUCUAAAUCGCGAGUAUCAAGAAGAUGAAUAAACGACGAGGGAACAAAAACCGCAAGCGGCGGCGGAAGUCGGUAUAUCCGUAUCCAAGCUGCAGCUCCUGUAAAAAUCCGGGUGAAGGAUCGCAAUUGCGUUGCCGCGGGAGAAGAUGCAACUCCUACAACUACUUCUGGACGAUCGGGAAACGCCUAUUCUGCGUUCUAUUGCGACACUGCUUCUACUCGUCACCACAGCCGUCCUAUUUGUUCGCUGUCAUCUUCACUACUACUACCAACAACUCCAAGCCCCUUUUUCGAAGAGGUAAACAAGCUUUGAGAAGUUUAUCGCACACGUUCAAGAAUUACACGCACACCUUCACCCGGCUCGACUCACGAACAAAGGAUAACAGCCCGCUGACAAGGACUAGGACAUCUGUCCUCACAGCCGUACUUUGCUUACUCGCCUUGCUGCUCCUGGUCUCAACUGUCAGCACGGGGUUCGGAAAUGUUAUUCGGGUUUUGAUAUCCAGUGUGACGCUGUCGCUGACCACGACCUCGUUUUCGAGCCAUGAAGUAGGGCCGACUUGCUCUACCAAUCCGUGCAGAAGCAGCUCCUGCGACUUGUUGUACCAAAAGCAACGUCAUGUAGAAGACGACCACUUUCAACAACAGCGGGGGCGGCGAACGAGAAGAACAUCAACCACAACCAUUUUUUUUGUGUCGGGAACGAGAACUACUAGUGCUGUAAUCGAGGAAAGAACGACGACCACCGCGGUUGAUGACGAUAGUACCAGCACUGCAACUUCUGAUGUCCAGCGCGAAUUGAUUCUCGCGGACUCGUCUGCUUCAGGGUCUGAGGGCCCAUUCCCCUUGAUGGGUCGUCAGGUAGUUUUCCACGAAGUUGUCGCAGAAGUGGCCCAGCACCGAGGUGCACCAAGCGACGUGGAGGUCACUACUUCUUCACACAGGACGAGCAAGACGGGCUCGGGCGGCAGCGGGGGUGACGAAAGCAGCGACGAGGGAAGUAGAAAAGUACAGCGGGGAUCAGCUACACUUUCUUUUUCCCCGUCUUCGUUCCUGCAGAACGUGGUGCAGCACGAGCCGGGUUUGAUCGACGUCGAAAGCAAAGACAUUUAUUCUCCUCCAUCUUCUAAACCGUCGUCCUCCAGAUCCUCUUCCACUGCAGCAGAAGCGGCAAGGUCGCCACCAGGGCUAGAAGUCGUACCCGGCAGAACGGAUGUCGGGAACUUUCCAUUUCGUGCUUCAAGAAAGCAAAAGGGAACAACAGACUCGGGCAACUCAGCAGCUAGCGCAACAGCCGCUGAUGAAGAAGUAGAUUUAGCAGUACUAGAAAGAACGCCUUCUGUAGUGGUUCUCGGCAGUACAGGUGAAAAACACGAUUUCUCGGGACCAGGAGCAUCUUCAGCCUUGGAAGUCACGGUCGAGCAACAUCAACGUAUGGUAACACAGAAGCUGCAACUACUAAACGAGCGACUGGCCAAGUCUGCGUAUUUCGUGCGCCGCCGGGCGCAGCGAGGACGAAAGCGCAUGCGCCAGCUGCAAGAAAACAACCAGAGCGCGCGGCAAAGUGAAAGUAGAACUUCGGCUGCACAAGCGCAGUUUUUAACAAAAGCAGGACAGCAUGAUCCUUUAACGAGAGCAGGAGCAUCCUCCUUUGCAGCUUCCGCAUCUGGUGGAGGAGGUCCCCGAUCGACUUCUUCCUUCAGCGAAAAAAAUAAAAAUCUUCUUGGUGAAGAGUCAUCCAAUGUCGGCCCACCGAGUAGCGUGCUCGAAAAGGUCCGGCACAAGAAGACGAAGCUUAGCUUGACGAAGACAGGAAAAACAAAAGUCGGAGAAAAGAAGGAGAGCAUGAAAGAUGGCGGCGACCCGUUCCUCGCGAUGACCUCCACUGCGAUGGAAAUAAUCAAUGAACACCUCGAUUUAUGAGUGGCAAAUUUGUUGUUGUUAUUUGGGUCUGGAAGAGUGAAAAGCUUGGGAUGCGCGGCCAGCAACAGCAUGACAACUUUGACUCUCAAGCGAUUCUGUCAUGCAAGUUACCCAAAUAAAGCCUGACUUUUUGUCCUACGGUAAUGCAGUUCGCUCUACAGAAUAGACAACACCGUAGUAACUCAAAAACCUGGAGUAUCGAAGAAAAAAACUGUAUCUGUUACACAUAUGCAGAAAAAUCACUAAUUUUUUUUUGCCCCGCAGUAGAAUUUUUUUCAAUGCGCGAGGCAGAAUUCAUUUUCAUGUUGUUGUAUCAUUUGGUAUUGAAAGAUGGAUCGAGCUAACGGCUGCUUCACUUUAAUGUUGAACUAGCUAGCUAAGGAGGCAGGUAUAUGAGAAUAUAGCUGGCAGCUGCUGGCUCCGUCCGUGAUUCGCCUGCAAGGUGACCUCUGGCCCCACCGGUGGGGCCAGAGUGGUUCAUCCUGGUGAACUGCUGGUCGCUGUCCGGUUCUUCCGGUCCCGAGAAUAUAAACUACCUGCCUCCUUAGCUACUUAGUUAACUUGAAGCAACCGUAGCUAGUAGAUUAUAUCUACAUAAUUUGCAAUACAAACAUCAACCGACAUCAGGUGCCGCGGGGUUCGGCAACUCAAAUAUUUUCUUACUUUGACAUAGAAAAAAUUCGGUGUUUUUUCUGCAUAUGUGUAACAGAUACAGUUUUUUUCUUCGAUAUGGAGCCAUGCUUGGUUGCCCAUUGUGGCCGCCUCGCCCUGCUGGUUCUCCAACUAGCAUUCCAGGCCAUGUCAAACCCAAAAAUAUUUGCACUCGAUACGAUCCUGCUAGUGGCAGCCCCGACCCCUUCACUUUCGACAAUCUCGACCUCGACCACGAUGGACAGAUCAGCCUUAUGCAAAGAAAAAAUCUUUGAUGCAGUUCUUACACACUGUCUUGCGAAACAAGCAUGACAGAGAACCUUUGUCGUGCCGAAAAUGCUCGCGAGUUUUUUUCGCGUGUGUUUUGUUCAUACAACAUCUCGUGGCCUCCGCAUCGCGAAUUUUCUUUGUCAUGCCAUGCAGGAUAUUAAUUUUGCGUUGCUGAAGUUCUUGCAGCACAUGUGUAACAACUGUAACACUUGUUGUUUUUUUCCGUGGAUCCGCAUCGCCGAGAUGAACAGCGAGCUUUUUUCAUCGGAGCACGAAGACACGGCAAGGGACAUCGUUGCCUGGCUCGACAAAAGCGACGACAGCGACAUUUCACAGGAAGAAUUCGAAGCGCAGUUUCCGAAGGGCAUCACAACAGAAGCGCUGCAAAAGAUGUACACGGAGGACCUGGGGUUCGACGACAUGGACGCAUCCGUGCUGGAUCAGAUCGGGAAUCAAGCGGCAGCUGCGUCGAAUCCAGAUCAGUAUUCGUUUGGAACGCUCGCUGGUGCACCCGACCAAGAUACGGACCUGAACGACGACUACAUCAGCCCUGCGGAGUUCACCGAGAAGCUGUUCGGCGGGACAAGCGACGACAUCAACAGCAAGGCACAGGGGCUGAUCACCUGGCUCGACACCUUAUCCUGUGCAAAAGUAUCGUACUCGUAUUGCAAUCAUGCAUUACAAAUCCUUUUGUUAAGGUAAAUCUGCAUUACAAAUUUUAUUUCUCAUGCUGAGGAAAUUUGUAAUGCAUUUAUACGAAUACGAUACUUUUGCAGUUCAUACACCUCCAAGGAUGGCAAAGUUUCCCACCAGGAAUUUUUAGCCGCCUUCCCGGAAGUAUGGAAGCGUCAGGCUUGAAAUCGUCAAAGUUGAGAUAAUUUGCAAUGCAUAAAAUGCAUGGCCCGCGGUACGUGUGUUGCAGAGCAGGCAAGUGAGGCCGAUUGUAAGCCUGUUUGGGGUUGUUACAGCUCGAGCUGCUAAAGUAGCAUCAGAAAAUCGCUCUUCUUUGCCUAAACAGCAUGACAGGCUGGAUUUAGGGACCGCCGAGAUUUGUCAUGCGCCACUUGGAAACUGGGCUCCAACUCGCAUCCAUUUUAUGCAUAACAAAUUAUCUCAACCUUGUCGAUUUCAACUCUGACACAUCCAUAGGAAGGUCGUAUUACCCAGGAAAACGUGAAGGACGCGCUGAGACAUCAGUUUUUCCAACACAUUCAAGAGCAGUUUCCCGACGGUGCGUUUGACCCAGACAAGGAUCCCCCAAUCGACGACACGAAAAUGAACCCCAUUCAGCAGUCAGCCUUGGUGGACAUGAUAAACGAUAUGCAGCAUGACUACAAAAGUAACGACAUCGUGCUAAUAGAAAAAAUCAUCGCAUGACAAAUUUUAGUGCAAAAAAAAAUGAAAACGUGUCUUGUUCAUGCAGAGUUCUUACACAAGAAGGCAGAUCUACUCUUGUGUUCGUAUGAUUGCGAUUUAAGUACGAAGUCGACAGUUCUUUUGCAGUGCAUGAGCGACCAUCUGUCACAAUUUGAUCCCCCAGGGGAGGUGCACGGUCAGAACACGAUGUAUGCAAUACAAAUUUCAAUUUAAAUUUCCCCCACACGUACAAAAUGCGUCACAAUCUUUCCCAGCUUCGACCGUGCCACGUGUCAUGCAGAAUGAGACUGAAGCAGGCAAAUUUUCGUUUCAUCAUGCAGGGACCGCGGCAAAAAUUGUACUACUGAUGAGGGAAAUUUUCUGUGGAUACGAGCGAGAACAGAGACCUCUCUAACGCGGAGGAAACCUGGAACCCGAACGAGUCGUACAACACUGACGAUUAG